GCUCUUUAUCUUCCUUUUACACAACGAGGAAGAGGGGAGUUUAUCCAAUGUAUGAGGUUUUCCUCUUUUUUCGAAGAAAAAACAGAAAAAAUCUACCGAAGCUUUACAAAACCUAUUCUCAUUCUCCUUCCCUCCCUCUCCAUCCUUAGUUAUUGCUCUAACAUAACAACUUCACAGGUCACAUGUAUCACGAAAUCGAUAGAAGAAAUGACCUAACAACAACUAUGCAGCAUCCUUUAAUGGAAACAUUAAUAUGGAUGAAGAUGACUCCUGCUGAUGUUUCAUUUUGUUAGAAAAUAGUUGGUUUAUAAUUGAGCAUCUGUGUUAGAUUUGAUUGAUAAUUUCGAUGGUGAUGUUAAUGAGUUUUCGAUUGAAUCGGUGAAUUUAUAUGGAUUUUUUAAUUUAAUAAGCAUCAGAUCUGAGAAUUCUAAUGUUAUGUCUUUUGUUUCAAAAUUGGUAUGAAAAAAUUGACAUGAAUUGAAACUGAAGGAGGUGAUAAUGAAAUCAGGAUUGGUAUGAAUGUUGUCGUUGGAAAAAUUGGUGUCAAUGAAUCGAAAGUGGUGGUGUUGCUGUUUAUGGUAGUGGUGGUAGAGGUGGAGGAGAAGGGUGGUGGUCGGUGUUACUGGUCACGAUGGUGCUGGUGCUUUUAUGUAAUGGUGGUGACGGUGUUGUUGGAGAGUUAAAAGGAGGCAUGUCGAAGAAGAUCAAAUGAAAAGUCGAUUGUUUGAGUGAGUAAAACCUAAAAAGAAGUCCGUUAAUAUUGAUAUGGCCGGAUUCGAACCAGGCACCAAACAACGUUUCAGAGAUAUUAGAAAACACGGAAGAAUAGCAUGUUACGAUCAUAGCCUUCUUAGUUCUGCGUUAUUACGAUCUCCCAUGAAAAAACUGGAAAACACGGAAGGGUAGAGUUGGAAGAAAAAAAACGACACCAAAAUUUCUGUCAAUAAGAGAAAGUCUUAUGGUGGAAUCCAUCCAUCUUCCACGCCACCUCAGCACUUGGAACUGUGGAUGGAAGUGCAAGUGUAAUGGUGGAACACAGAAAACGCUAAUAAGAAUAGCGUAAAACGCGAAUAAUAAUAGCGCAAUGAAAACGCUAUUAAAAAUAGCGCUGGACUCAAGUCAACAGUCAAAACGCUAUUCUUAAUAGCGCCAAACGCAAUUGUUAAUGGCGCUAAGAAAACGCGGUUGUUAAUAGCGCUUUUUGAUUCUUAUAUCCAGUAACACCAUCGACCCCUUCUUCUUCUUCCUCAGUUCAUCUUCAACUCAUCAAAAAAAAAAGGAAAACCAAACCUAAAAAACCCCCUUGUUGAUUUCUGGCAUGAUGGUUCAAAUCAAUGAAAUUGCUUCAAAGGGUUUGUUCUCUGCUUCAUAAGGAAUCGAAGCAUACUUAAAUUUCUCAAUUUGAUUGAGAAUCCAAAGAGAGAUUAUGGAUAUGGAUGUGUGUAUGAUCUUGAUUUCAAAAGAAUCGGAUGAGAAACAUAUUUCUACAAGUAUAGACCCACUUGAUACACAACAUGAUAUCACGUUUAAAAAUAAUCUAGAAGACCUUGAGGAUUUAUAUAAUCGUGUGGUGGUUCAUGAAAGUGCUAGUCAAGUUCUUCAAAAUUCCGGCCUUGCUAGAUUUUUUGAAAUUAGAAUUAAGAGAGCUGAUCAACAACUAGCUUAUGCAAUCAUAGAGAUGUGGUGGUAUAACACAAAUUCGUUUCAUUUCCCAAACUUUGAAAUUGGUUUCACCCCGUUAGAUUUUGUUCACUUAACCGGAAUUCCUAUUGGAAAUGGUCGUAGAAGAUUGGAACACGCCGCUACAAGUAAAUGGAAAAAUAUAGAAAAUCAAAAACUAGAGGAUACCUACUUUAGACCUAUGCAUGGGUAUGCAUACUACAACAAGCACUCACCUGAAUUUCCUAUUAGUUGCCUCGCAAACUAUAUCAAGGACAAUCCAAUUAAUGAUGAAAAUUGAGAGAUUGUGAUUCGAUACUUCUUAUUAUGGGUGAUUUCAAAAGUUUUAAUGGCACGUACCACUACAAGAGCAAGCAAAGGUUGGAUCGCUUCCUUGUGUGAUUUGAAUGCGAUUGGUAAUUAUGAUUGGGGUUCGGCUUGUUUUAGUCACUUGUAUAGUAACAUGAGUGCGGUUGCUAGAGGUGGAAAAAACAUGUGUGGAAUGGCGAUGGUUUUAGAAUAUUGGUUUUACAUAUAUUUUCGUACUUUGACGCCUUUUCUCCAAGAAGGUGUACCGACUGAUGUAUGGCCUGCAGUUAUGAUAUUUAAGAAAAAUAGUCUAGUGAAGUUGCAAAGGGGUACUUCCAAACACUCUCUUAAUACAGCUCGCCAACAAAUUGAGUUGAGGACAAUUGUUGGAACGGAAUGUCAACCAUGAUCUACUACUAUGUAUAGAGAUCAUCCUGAUAUAGUGCAUGCUCGUGAAAUCUCCAAUCAAAGAGUGGCUUUCUAUAAUCCGGAAAGCGAAACUAGUAUCAUGUAUCUUGGUGAACAGUUUUUAUGGCAAACAAGGGGAUUUAUAACAAUUCCAAGAAGUCCACGUGAACGUUUGGAAGACCUUGCUACCUCUCAUGAUCCUAUUGAUGUGUUUGAAGGACGAGACUAUAAGCAUGUUGAUGAGAGCAUGUAUGUGUGGUGGUGGAAGCAACAAUCUAUUGGAUUUUUGCUCCCAGAAAUAUAUCGUCAAGAAAACAGAGAUGAAGUUGGAGCUGCAAGUACUCAAGAUCCGACAUUUCUGGUGAAUCAGGUCCCCCCAAUACAUCCAUCACGGUAUAAGUAUGAUAACGUCUCACAAGCUUCACCUGAAUUUCCAAGAGUUUCUUUCUGUACGGUAGGAAUACUGCCUACACCUAGCCUUUUGAUUUUCAAGUUGAUUGCACCGGAAAACUUGGUCACUCUCCCCACAUGAAGAUGUAUCCCGUAAUGAAAUGUUUGUGUAAAGGUAUAGCCGUUGAUAGCACAUAUGAUUAUGUCCGUAUGGGAGCGCCAACCGUCUAUAUGUAUGUGAAGAGGUUUACCAGGGUAAUUGUUCGCCGCUUUGGUCCAAGGUACAUGCGACUUCCUACAAGAGAAGACACAGAAAGAUUAUUGGCAGAAAAUGCGGCUAGAGGGUUUCCUGGAAUGCUUGGAAGUGUUGAUUGUAUGCAUUUUUGGUGGAAGAAUUGUCCAACAACAUGGGCAGGUACGUUACGUGGGCAUGAGAAAAAACCUACCAUGAUCUUAGAAGUCGUGGCAUCAUAUGAUCGGUGGUUUUGGCAUGGUUUCUUUGGAACGCCAGGGUCGAACAACGACUUGAACGUCUUGGCUCAAUCUCCACUUUUUAAUAAGAUGGUUAAUGGUUUAGCAACUCCUUGUAAUUACCGCAUCAAUGGCCACAGCUACGACAAGGGUUACUGCUUGGCGGAUAAUAUAUAUCCACGAUUGUCUUGUAUUGUGCAGUCAUUCAAAAUUCUUCUUCCAAAUCAUCCAGCUAAUUCGUUGUUCAAUAAAUACCAACAAGCGAAGAGAAAGGAUGUUGAAAGGGCUUUUGGAACUCUCCAAAACAAGUUCCAAAUAACUAAAAAGCCAGCAUUUUACUGGGAUAAGAAGGAUAUAAACUUUAUUAUUAAGGCUUGUUUGAUUUUGCAUAACAUGGUCAUUGAGAAUGAAAGGCGUAACUUAGAUUGGGCUCAAGUCGUGAACCAACCAAUACGACAGGUUACUGGAAUACCGAGGUCAUACCACGAGUUAAGGAAUGAUGAGGCAUAUCUCCAACUCCGUAAUGAUCUUGGUCAACACAUUUGGAUACGACAUGGAUCAGGUCUCAGAGACGGUGAAAUGCCACCAGAAUCUCCCCUCCACCACCAGAUGAUCUUGAGGGUUCGGAUGGCGAAUUCGAUCCUACCGAUGUUUACCCAGCAGAACAGCUUUAGUUGCUGCACUUGGUUGCAAUCCUAUGAUUUCUAGAUUUUAAAAUUAAGAAAUAUUAAGAUUUUCAUUGUAUUAUUUAUGGUUUUUAUUGUUUUCAAAAGAGAAGAAAAAAAAACUAAGUAUGGAACUUGAGGAAUUGGCUUAGGUUCUGGAUGUUUUUCAAGAAAAGCGCUAAUAAGAAUUGCGUUUGGCGCUAUUAAGAAUA